CGUUUCUCCUUUAAACAUGGAUGACUCAGCAGACAUUUGCGUUCCUCGGGAAAACCGUAUCACGUGAUUGCAUGUUGUUCACGGGUACAUGUACAACCGUCCUACGACCACCACCUCAGCAGUGCCCAAGUUAAAACCGGUUUCAAUCUGUCUGAACAGAUAGACGUUUCUCCUAAAACAUGGCCGACUCAGUUGUUUGUCGUGAUUCAAAUCAAAAUGAUAUCGAGCCAGGUGACAUCUUGCAGUUCCAAAGAAAAGGCUUUUUCCAUUAUGCUGUAUACAUAGGUGAUGGAAUGGUAGUACACCAGACAAAGGAUCAAGGAGUUCUUAAACAAAGUCUCGGCGAUGUGAUUCAGCAGUGCAGUUUCUACAUCGAUAACAGCUUGGAUUUGGAAAUAAGUCCUAAAACUAGGAAACAGAUUGUGAAGGAUGCACUCAGCCGAGUGGGGAGAAAAGGAUAUGAUAUCUUGACAAGUAACUGCGAACAUUUUGCAACCUAGUGUAGAAAUGGGCAAGCAAGAUGCAAACAGAUUGGUGAAAAGAUCAAGCAGGGCGUGACAAGUGUCAGCAAUGCUGGUCCAGGCUCUGUGUCAUCAUCUUCAUCCAAAGGAAGCAACGCUGCGGCCGCUGACGUGUUCUGCAUGGGCUGUACAUCUGUUUCAAAAGCCAAACAGCAAUGACAUGUCUCUACAGCUAAAAGUAUUGUUCGUAGUAGCUUUGAUCAAUGUUAUGUAAACACUCGCUCAAUAUUAUAAUGGUACUUAAUUGUUGUUUUGGCAUUUGACAUUCGUGUUCCUAAUUAACUUCUCAUACCUGAUGUCUCCUCUCGUGCCUGGAAAUAAACAAGGUGUACAAUGCAA